AUGUGUAAGGUGGGAGAGAAGGUUGGACCAGUUUUAUCAAAAGAUGAGGUAUUUAGGAGGAAGUUGAAUGGCAUUGUUUGGGAAAAUUCACUUGAUCCCAAUGCCUUUGAGUUGCGAUGGAAUCGUAUUAUCGAGGAAUAUGGGUUGGGUGAUAAUGGUUGGUUUCGUUACUUGUUUGAGUCCCGUACAUUUUGGGCACCUCCAUACUUUCAUGAUGAUUUUAUGGCUAGUUUAGUUAGGACCGCGUCUAGAUCGGAGUCUCAAAAUAGUUUUUUUGGCAGUUUCUCUAAUGGACAUUGUAGUUUGGUUGAGUUUCUAGUGCACUAUAACACUGCUAUUGGUGCACAGCGGCAUGCCCAAGCAAAAUUGAAUGCUGAUUAUGAAGCUUGUUUUCCAGUUUUGAAGACACCAUUGGCAUUGGAGCGGCAUGCCAUGGCUGUUUACACAAUUUCUAUAUUUUAUUAUGUUCAAGAAGAGAUUUGUUCGGCUUGUUUUUCUUGUCAAGUGGUGUCUUUGACUGAUAUUGAUGGUUGCGUGUCAUAUGUGAUAAAAGAUGAUCGUGGACUUGAGAGUAUUCCUUCUAGGUAUUUGCUGCAUCGGUGGACAAAGGGUGCAUGUUUGCACCCAAUAUUUCAUAUUGAUAGUACACUUGUUGAUCAAUCUGCUAAAGUGGAGAAUGUUAGGAUGCUUACCAAUCUUAUGUGGUCUGAUAUUUAUGCUUGUGUGGGGUUGGCUGAUGGUAAUAUUGACCGUUUGUCACAGCUACGACGUGUUAUUAAUGAGCAAAGGCAAAUAUUUCUACAGGAUGGGAGUGAGAAUGGGAAUGGGGUUGCUGUUGGUAGCAAGCAAAGUGUGAUUAAUUCGUUUUGUGGAGAUGUGUCUAUGGGUUCGACAGUGGAUGUGCACGACCCUGUCCAAGCUAAGAACAAGGGUAGUGGUAAGCGCUUGAAGAGUGCAAGGGAAAGAGCUGCAAGCAAGUGUGCAAUGCAAUCAAGGAGAUGCUACACUUGUGAUGAAUAUGGCCAUAAUAGUAGGACAUGCCCUUUAAAUACUUGA